AGAAAUAAAUACCUAUGUCGGGAAUUUCAACCAUCAUGUUAGUAUGUCCAACAAAAUCAAAUAGUAUUGAAUAUUUAUAUCUAUAAUGUUCAAUCUACUGGCAAACAUGAAUUUUUCAAAAAAUAUUUAUUCCUUAAUUUUACUUUACUCAAUAUUUGCAGGGCUGUUAGCUGACAAACACGUUCACAGUAAUUCUAUCCAAUGUCUUCUUAAAGUUAACGAAUCUUAUUCUUGCGAAAAUACUAAAGAGUACCAGUCUGAGUUAAGUUAUUUGUUUGAUAAUAUUCCCCGUGAACUUAAAAAAAAACUAGUGUUUGGUUCUUUAAUCGAUUUAAAUAUUGAAGAAAUUGUUACAUUACCAGAGAAUUUACUAUUUUUUAUACCAAUAAACAAAUUAACAAACUUAAAAGGAUCUCAUUUGGCUUUAAUUUUACAUGCCCACAAAGAUAAUAGUUUAAUUGCUAAAAAAAUACUUCAAUCUCUUUUAACGCAUGAACAACGAAUAGAUUUUCUCAAUACUUUGACUCAAAAAUCGAUAGUUAGUGAAAAAGUUUUAAAUACUAUUGGUGAAAUAGUAUACAAAUGGAAUAUUGAAGGAAGGGAUGGAAAACUUCAUAAAUUAACCAAUAUAUGUGUUUUGCCAAGAUUAUGGCCUCCUUUUAUUCUUACACGAAGUAGAAAUAUGUCUGAAAGAUUACUACAUAAUUUGGAUUUAAAUGAAAACCGUGAACACAGAGAACGUUGUAAUAUAAUUUAUAACAGAUGGAAAAAUUUACCUAAAUAUAUAAGAAGAUUAUGGUCAUUCUUAGCAAUUAAUAACUCUCUUCCAAUACCUCUUGAAGAAUGGACAAACCAUCUAAUAAAUCAGUACAAAUUAAUUGUAUUGGGUUUACGUAAUGAUGAGAUAAGACGAUUAAAAUUAAUUGAUACAUCUGAAACUAGAGAAUCCUUGAAAGAUAUUGAAUUUGACCAUUUACAAACUCGAUUUUUAUUUGACAUAAUAAUGAAGAAUAAUUCUUUGAGAGAUAUUUUACUACAUUAUCCAUUGAUAGUAUUUAAAUUAUCUCCUAUGCAAUUUGAUGAAUUCGAUGACAAAGAGUGGGCUGAUGUAAAGGAAACGAUACCAUCACCAAGUAGCAAUUAUUUUAGUUACCCUGUAGCAAAACAGAUAUUUAAUAAAAUUGCAAACCACCAUUGGCUUACUGCAGUAAAUGCUACUACUGGUUGGUCACCUGAUGAUUUGCGUCACCUUCCAUUACUAUAUACUCAACCACCAUCUACAUUUAAAAAAUUCUGUUUUUCACCCCCAAGUGCUCAAUCAAUUAUUGCUCUUGAUUCUUCUAUGAUUUCUAGUAGACAAGCAUUUUAUAUAAGUGGUUGCAGUUCUAUGUUAUCUUUCAAUAAAAAUAAUCAAAAACUUUUACUGAAUCUGAAUCACAAUAUGCUAAAAGCUUUUCCAGUAUCUAGCUUAAUAUUUGUUAAUUUAGGAUAUGUAACUCAUGAGAUUUUAUGCCAUUUAGUUACAAAAAUGGAUAAUACUAAUUUACCUAUGGCUCUUAGAUUAGUAGAUAUUAUAAAACCUGCUGAAAAGAUCUAUUAUGUAGAAGAAAUGCUUAAAAAUAAACAUAACAUACUUUUUGAUCAAUUAUCACCAAAGUCUAUAUUUGGUCCUAUAUUUGAUUCUUUGAAUAACUUAUAUUCUAACUACAGCGAAAGAAUUGAUAAAUUACCUAAAAAUCUAUUAAGAUCAAUAUUAGAAAACAAUGAGUUAUUACAGAAAUGGUCUAAUAAACACGGCUUAUAUGAAGGAUUUACAUGUAAUUAUAUUGAAAAACUUAAUGGAAUAGAAUUUCUUUCAUUAUUAUACAAAUUUAAUACUUAUCUUAACUGUAAUGGAAAAACUUUUCCAAAAAGCUUACAGCCUUGUGUUGCUAAAGUAUUUAUGAAGUAUCUUCGUUUAAAAUCUGUUUUGUCCACUGAUAAACCAUCCCCAUUAUUUUUAGAAGAAUGGGAAAUUGAAGCUGUUCAAGGAUUUAUUUUAACUACUUUGCCUAUUGAAAUAAUUGUGAACUCAGAUUUAAAGCAUACUAUUAUGUAUUCAAUUGGUAAACUUAGUUAUGCAGAGCUUUUAAUUGCUGCACCUACUAGCAAAAUUACAAAUUUAGUUCAAAAAUAUCUUGAAAAAACAUUAAAAAAUUCAUCAAAUAUAAGUUUUGAACAAUUAUAUAUAUUAGGUAAUCUUACACAUUUUCUUACAACAACUAACUUAGAAAGAGUUGAGGGAAAAGCUUUUAAAUUUUUAAUUGAAGCUGGUUUGUUUGAUAGUAGAAUUUGUUUUAGCACAGCAGCUAAAGAUUAUUGGGCUAAUCUUAUAAUUCGAUCAUUUGGAAAUCCUAAAACAUGGUUAAGUGAUACUCUUCAAAUACUAUCUGAUGCUUUAAUUGUAUUAAAUCAAGAUCAGCUAGAUUCUAUUCCAAUUUUAUCACGACUAAAUUCAGCAGAUAUCAUAAGUACACGAUAUGCUGAUGUUAUCGAGUGGUUACCAAUUGAUAUACCUUUCUAUAAAGCUUGUUCCCUGAUUCAAAAUAACCAAGAGUUUGAAUUCACAAAUUCUCUAUCUAUUCUUAUAGAUUUUUACUUAGAUUCUAUACAAAAUCAAUUAAAUAUGAUUAGUCCAAUUAUAAAUGACCAACAAACUGAGACUGUUAUAACAUCUCCAGAAUUAAAAUUGAAAAACUAUGCAUCAGAAGUGAAAAUAUUAAUUCCUUUUCAAUCUAAUAAUGAAGAUACGGGUAUAUUUGAUUUAUCAAAGACAUUAUUUGAUAGAUUUAGCACUAUUUUCUCUGGCAAAGUAGAGCCCAACUCAAACAAUAGUUCUAAUAAAACAGAGAAUAUUCCUGUUUCUAAUUAUUCUAUUUCUAUGACAGAGGAUUCCAAGAGUAGGGAUUUAAACACAACUGAUAGUACUAACAUUGCUACAAGUUCUACACAAAAAACUAAUACAACUCCUAAAAAUUAUGAUUUAUAUAAUGCAUAUGGAAGUAAAAAUCUCCAAGAUAAUGAAACUACUAAUACUGAUUCAGUGAGUGUCAUACCUUUGAUAGAAAAUUCAAAACAACCAACAUUAUAUGAAGACACACUUGCUUCCACAACAAUUGGCAUUCCUACAACCACUAAGAAGCCUUUGAACUUCAAAAAUACAACUGAUGAAAAUUUAUACUCUACUACAAUUGAUUUAAAUGUAAACACAAAUAUUGAAAAAAGUAUUCCUAGUACCAUAAAAUCAACAUUUAAUGGUACAAAAAAUUCUCGGAUUAAAAGAUCAUAUACAUACUUUUUCAGUCAUACAAGAAAUAUUACUUGUGAUACCCUACGAAUUUUGGGCCCUGCUUCAAUUAUCUCUAAAAGUUUUGACUCUAUUAUAGAAAAAAUGAGUGAUGAAGAACUGACAGAAUGUGUAGAUUUUUUGGGGUCAUUAGAAUUGAAACAAAAUUUAACAAAUAAUAUUUGGUAUAGAAUUAAAGAUAAGACUGCUAUUCAUACUUAUGGUUCUGUUAUAUCUGGAUUAUCUAUUGAUGAACUGCAGUCAUUAAAUUUGGAUAUAAAGAAUCCUUGGACAUUGGAAAUAAUUAAUUUACUUGGCAAUCAUAUAAAAAAUAUGACAGUUCGUAAAGAGAUUACUAGACAGUUUUUAUCAAAAUUGGAAGAAAAUAUAAAUAAAAUGAAUCACUUAUGGGGCUCAUUUGGAUCAUUAAUAUGCCAAUUGCCUCAGCAAACUGUUCAGAUUAUGAUGCACACAUCAGAUCUCUUCUGGGAAACAAGUACAGCUUUUAAAUCUAUAUUAAUGUGUGAUGAUAUGUGUGUGAAAAAUUUAGCAUUAAUAGCAAUAUCUAGAAUUGGUGAGUCAAAAUUUUGGAGUGCAUCUGAAAUUGAACGUAUGGGAGUCAUUAUAGCAGGAAUAAAUACAACCCAAUGGAAAUCUCUGUUAGAUUAUAAUUCUAAUGCUUUAGAAGGAAUAACUCCAAAUGCUGUUGAAUGUCUUAGUAAAUCUCAUAUUGAACUUAUGGAUGAAACACACCUUAAAUAUUUAACACCACAAGCUGCUUAUGUCGUAUUGAAUAUUCAUUCAGAGAUCUUAGACAAAGUGCGUGUCGAUACAUUAACUAAGAUAAUUAAUUUUGAAAUUGAUGCUUCAUGGCAACCAGUUCCGUCAGCUACAUAUCCAAAACUGAAAAAAGGACAAAUUCCUGGCUUGUCUAGUUCGAUGUUUUUUGAAAUGCCGUCAGAGUCAAAUGCUAAUACUAUUAACAAUACUAAACUUCUUUUGAGUUUCAGUUGUUUUGUUUUAUUAUUUAUUUUUAUAUAAUGUGAUUCAUAAAUAAUUAGUGUUUUUUUGUUUUAUUUCACAUUAUUUAUAUAAAUUUGUUUUUGAAUUAUUUUUUAUUUAUUUAUAAUAAAUGUUCUAUAUAAUAAAGUAUUUAUAAUCAUCUA